AUGGCGCAAGCCGCCAAGCAGCUCCGAAAGACCAAGGACCUCGCUGAGGCCGCCGCCCAGGAGCAGAGGGAGAAGGAGGAGGAAAAGAUAAAAAAGAGGAAUCGAUCAAGGGACCGCAGGCGCAAGGCUCAUGUGGGUCAGCGCUGACUUGUCCGUCAGGUCAGUAUUGUGAGCUGUGAGAGGUUGGCCGAAGCCCGAGGAAUAUGGUUCUUUAAUAACAGAGCUGAUGCAGCCACGAGCUUUCUGCGUGCAGCUCGUUCAGGGAACCUGGACAAGGCUCUGGAUCACAUCAAGAAUGGACUCGACAUCAAUACAGCUAAUCAAAACGGUCUCAACGGGUUACACCUGGCCUCUAAAGAAGGUCACGUCAAAAUGGUCCUGGAGCUACUACACUCUGGCAUUGAGCUGGAAGCCACCACCAAGAAAGGGAACACUGCUCUCCAUAUUGCAGCGCUGGCAGGGCAGGAGAAAGUGGUGGCUGAGCUUGUCAACUAUGGUGCCAACGUUAAUGCCCAGUCACAUAAAGGCUUCAGUCCUCUCUACAUGGCAGCACAGGAGAAUCACUUAGAGGUGGUCAAGUUCCUGCUUGAGAACGGUGCCAAUCAGAGUCUCCCAACUGAGGAUGGCUUCACCCCCCUGGCCGUAGCCCUCCAGCAGGGUCACGAAAACGUUGUGGCACUGCUCAUCAACUAUGGCACCAAGGGCAAGGUCCGCCUCCCCGCGCUGCACAUCGCUGCACGAAACGACGACACACGCACCGCCGCAGUACUCCUACAGAACGAUCCCAAUCCUGAUGUACUCAGCAAGACUGGAUUCACACCUCUCCAUAUUGCAGCCCACUAUGAGAAUAUGAGCGUAGCCCAGCUGCUGCUGAACAGAGGAGCCAAUGUAAACUUCACACCCAAGAAUGGCAUCACGCCCCUUCAUAUAGCCUCCAGGAGGGGCAAUGUGAUGAUGGUCAGACUACUGCUGGACAGAGGAGCACAGAUUGAUGCCAAAACCAAGGAUGAGCUGACUCCUCUCCACUGUGCAGCCAGGAAUGGUCAUGUUCGCAUUAUUGAGAUCCUGCUGGAACACGGUGCUCCCAUCCAGGCUAAAACUAAGAAUGGUCUGUCUCCCAUCCACAUGGCAGCUCAGGGGGAUCACAUGGACUGUGUCAGGCAGCUAUUGCAAUACAACGCUGAAAUUGAUGAUAUCACGCUGGACCAUUUAACCCCUCUCCAUGUAGCAGCCCACUGUGGUCACCAUCGCAUGGCCAAAGUCCUACUAGACAAGGGGGCCAAAGCCAAUGCACGCGCUCUGAAUGGCUUCACCCCUCUCCAUAUUGCUUGCAAGAAGAACCACAUGCGGUCCAUGGACCUGCUGCUUAAGCACUCAGCUUCCUUAGAAGCUGUCACAGAGUCUGGUCUCACUCCUCUUCAUGUAGCAUCGUUCAUGGGCCAUCUGAACAUAGUGAAGAACCUGCUCCAAAGAGGGGCUUCACCUAAUGCUUCCAAUGUGAAAGUGGAGACUCCCCUCCACAUGGCCUCCAGAGCAGGACACUGUGAAGUUGCUCAGUUCCUGCUGCAGAACGCAGCACAAGUGGAUGCCAGGGCUAAGGACGAUCAGACACCUCUACACUGUGCAGCCCGUAUGGGCCACAAGGAGCUUGUCAAGCUGCUCCUUGAGCACAAAGCCAACCCCGACUCAGCUACAACUGCAGGCCACACACCCUUACACAUCGCUGCACGUGAAGGACACGUCCACACCAUUCGAAUAUUGUUGGAUGCUGGAGCACAGCAAAUCAAGAUGACAAAGAAAGGCUUCACUCCCCUCCAUGUGGCCUCUAAAUAUGGAAAGGUGGACGUAGCAGAGCUACUUCUGGAGAGAGGAGCCAACCCUAACGCAGCUGGGAAGAAUGGUCUGACACCCCUUCAUGUGGCCGUCCAUCACAACAACCUGGAUGUUGUUAGACUUCUGGUCAGCAAGGGAGGAUCUGCACACAGCACUGCUCGAAAUGGCUACACUCCCCUGCACAUAGCAGCCAAGCAGAACCAGAUGGAGGUGGCCAGUUGUCUGCUGCAGAAUGGGGCUUCACCCAAUGCCGAAUCCCUGCAAGGCAUCACGCCCCUACACCUGGCUUCACAGGAGGGACGGCCUGACAUUGUAGCUCUGCUCAUCUCUAAACAGGCCAACGUAAAUCUGGGAAACAAGAAUGGGCUGACCCCUCUACAUCUUGUGGCUCAGGAGGGUCAUGUGGGCAUCGCUGACACAUUGGUCAAACAGGGAGCCUCCGUUUACGCCGCUUCACGAAUGGGCUACACCCCCCUUCAUGUGGCCUGUCACUAUGGCAACAUCAAGAUGGUGAAGUUCCUUCUGCAGCAGCAGGCUCAUGUUAACAGCAAGACGAGGAUGGGCUACACCCCUCUACACCAGGCAGCUCAGCAGGGCCAUACUGAUAUUGUCACCCUGUUGUUGAAACACGGAGCGCAGCCCAACGAGAUUACUUCGAAUGGGACAUCUCCCCUGGGCAUCGCAAAGCGGCUUGGUUACAUCUCCGUCAUUGAUGUGCUGAAGCUGGUUACCGAGGAGUCCGUCUCCGCGAUCACUACAGAGAAGCAUCGGAUGAGUUUUCCUGAGACAGUGGAUGAGAUAUUAGAUGUCUCCGAGGAUGAAGGGGUUGCCCAGCUAACGUUAGGAGACGAGUUGCUCGGGAUGGAUGGAGCACGCUACUUAAAGCUUGAUGACUUCAAGGACCAGGACGAUGACUUCCUCUCCCCUAAGAAGACUCUAAGAGACUUUGAGGGUGGCAUGGGUACCACGCCCUAUUCUCCUGCAAUUCCCAGGAUCCCUUGUGUGUCCCCAGAGACAGUUCUGCUGGAUCAGCACACCCCCAUCCCCCUGCCAAAGGAGUAUGAUGAAGACUCUCUUAUCCCGAGCAGUCCUGCUACGGAGACUUCAGACAAUGUCAGCCCUGUGGCCAGCCCUAUUCACACGGGCUUCCUGGUGAGUUUCAUGGUGGAUGCUCGUGGAGGCUCCAUGCGAGGCAGCAGACACCACGGGCUGCGGGUCAUCAUUCCUCCUCGAACCUGCGCUGCACCGACGCGCAUUACCUGCCGACUGGUCAAACCUCAGAAACUGACCACGCCUCCUCCACUGGUGGAGGGGGAGGGGCUUGCUAGCCGCAUCAUCUCUCUAGGGCCGUCCAGUAUGCAGUUCCUUGGGCCAGUAAUCGUGGAAAUCCCACACUUUGCCUCACUGGGCCGAGGGGACCGAGAGCUUGUGGUGCUCCGCAGUGAAAAUGGCUCCGUCUGGAAGGAACAUCGCAAUCGCUAUGGCGACGAAGUGUUAGAAACUAUUCUGAAUGGCAUGGAUGAAGACCUGGAGAGUCAAGAGGAGCUGGAGAAGAAGAGAAUCCGCCGGAUCAUCUCCACCGACUUCCCCCUCUACUUUGCCGUGGUCUCCCGUAUUCAGCAGGAGAGUGAUCUGAUCGGUCCGGAGGGUGGCAGGCUGACCAGUAAGCUGGUGCCCCAUGUGGAGGCCAUCUUCCCUGAGACAGCCGUCACCAAAAGAGUGAGACUGGGACUGCAGGCGCAGCCAAUUCCUGAUGAACUGCUGACUCGACAGCUUGGUAACCAGGCGACCUUCAGCCCAGUGGUUACCAUCGAACCACGCCGACGCAAAUUCCACCGUCCAAUCGGAUUGCGCAUCCCAUUGCCACCAUCCUGGAGAGAGAGUCCUCGAGAUGCUGGGGAGGGUGAUACCACCAGCUUGCGCCUUCUCUGCAGUGUCAUUGGUGGAACAGCACCAGCUCAGUGGGAGGACAUCACUGGAACCACAAAGCUGAUGUACGCCAAUAACUGUGCCAACUUUACCACCAAUGUUUCUGCAAGAUUCUGGUUGGCAGACUGUCCACGCACGGCAGAGGCAGUGACAUUUGCCAACUUGCUGUACCGGGAGCUAAUGGCUGUGCCAUAUAUGGCUAAGUUUGUGAUUUUUGCCAAGAUGAAUGAAGCACGCGAGGGACGCUUGCGUUGCUACUGCAUGACGGAUGACAAGAUGGACAAAACGCUGGAGCUGCACGAAAACUUCAGUGAAGUGGCCCGCAGUCGAGAUAUUGAGCUGAUGGAGGGCAUGCCACUGCACCUGGAGUGUUCUGGGAACCUAGUGCCCAUCAGGAAGGCCACCCAGCAGCCUCGCAGCUUCAGCUUUCAGGCCUUCAGAGAUAACAGACUGCCUGUCUCUGUCAAGGUCAGAGAUAGCAACAAGGAUGCCACUGGCUUUUUAUCCUUUCUGCGGAAGUGCACCAAGUACGAGGACACACAGCACGUACUGUGUAACCUUAACAUAACCAUGCCACCUUGUGUCAAGGUCGUUGGAAGUGAGGAGCGCAGGAGAACUUUAACCCCUCUCGCCCUGAGAGAGCGCUACAGUGCGCUGAACGAGCCAGGUGUGGCCACAGUGAACGCCAUGGAGAGGACUGAGAUCAAAAUCAACAUCAUAUCUGAACAGCUGGGAUUGAGCUGGGCAGAGUUGGCACGAGAGCUUCAGUUUGGUGUGGACGACAUCAACAGGAUCCGUGUGGAGAAUCCCAACUCACUGCUGGACCAGAGCUCUGCCCUGCUCAACCUGUGGGCCUGCAGAGAAGGCAAAAGGGCCAAGAUGGAGAGCCUGUACACCGCUCUGAAGAACAUUGACCGCGCAGACAUCGUGACGUCUGUGGAAGGUCAGGCUCCACAGCCGGCACCCGGGUCUUUGGAGGAGGGUGCCUGUCGACUCGGCGACCGCGACUCCACCCUGCUGUCCCCCAGCAUCAUCAAUGGUUAUGGGCUGGUGCAGGAGGAGCUUCUGUCCCCGGCCUCAAUGCAGUACAGCUUGCCCUCUCCACUGGGUGUGGAGCCCUACUGGCAAGAAGUGUCCAGCCUUGAAUGCGCCCCUAUUGCCACCACAGAGGAAGACACAUUAAUGGAGAUGUCGGACGUUCAGGUGUGGCCAGCAGGGGUCAGCCCCUCGCUGGUCACAGUGGAGGACUCAUCUCUAGAGGGCAGCAGUCGGGCUGAUGACUCAGAGGGCGCCACGCUCUCCCUCCCCUGCAGCUUGGGUCGCCCGAGCAGCGGAGCCAGCGGGGCCAGCGGCUCCAUCAUGGAGCUGGAGGAGGAGGAGGAGGAGGAGGAGGAGGAAGGGGAGGUUGAAGAGGAGGAGGCGCCACAGGAGCCAGCAAGUGCACUGGCAGAAAGGGACAGGGUGAGGGCCAGUGGUGCUGUUCCCAAGGUCAACCUAAACGGCCAGCUGGGAGGUCAGAGGUCGGAUGGGAGGAGAGGGGAGGGCCUUGCGGCGGGAGGAGGAGCAAAAGGAGGAGGUGCAGGGCUGGGUUCAGUGGAAGGGAUUUCUGUUGUUGCAGGCCAACAGGUGUACGCCCAGCGGUGUGAGAUGUCGGGACUGAGUCGGGCUACAGAGCACAAUGGAGACAACCGGAUGGUGGGAGGCGGAGCAUUUCAGCCCUAUUUACCAGACAAGGACUCCCUGCAGGGCUGGGUUGGCUCAAUGUCAUCGGGACGUGACGGCAGCAUGCCAGGCUUGCGUGUGGCCCAGGAGGCUCUGCUGACUCCGGUGUGUGACACGGGUUACUCUCAGGUGCUGCGUGGGCGCCUCCUGCAGGGCACGCAGCCCUUUGACAAGGGGCUGGGCUUCUCUCACCAGGAGGCGGGUCAACAUGCUUGGGAACAGGAGCAGAGGCGGGUCCAGAGAGAGGAGAAAGAGGACUAUGCUGCUGAGGCGCAGUUUGUUGAUGAACACGGAAACAUGCUCGCUAGAAGGGUGGGGGUGGAUGUGAGAAAGGGCGCUCAGUCAGUGCAGCGCUCCAGUCUGCGGAGAGUUAAACACUGAAAUACACAUACUACCCAGUCCUCCAGGACCGGAAAGCCACUGCCAAAACAUCCUCCACAAAAACACAACCAGACCGCAGAAGAAAAUGAUGAAGGAGGGGAGGAAGACUAAGACUAAGACUAAGACGUGCAAACUACAAAAUGAUAAACACAGAAUCAUCCUCAACGUGUGACCAUGGAGAAUCACAAAAGAAAAGAAGAGGAGAAAAAAAAGAGGAGUUCAACUUGUAGUUUUAUAACAUUUGUAAAGAAAAAUAUCAACUAGACUAAGGCAUGAUGAUUCCUUUUAUACAAAAAAAACAUAAAUGUCAGUAAAAUAACCGAGAAAAAAAAAAAAGCAACAAAAAGUGCUUCCUGUGAACUGUAAUCGCAUGAUGACUGCUGGUGCAUGCCCUUUGACCUUUUGAACUGUCAUUAUCUACAAACUGAAGGGGUACAAGGUACGGGGCUGGCCCACGUGUGGGUCACGGGCCAUUUUAAGGACCUUAUUCCCCCCAACUGGAGUGGUUUGUGUCAGCAAGUUGAGUACAAUAACACUACAGCCAAAAAAAAGUCCCUCAAUGGAUGGUUCUGUAUACAGCUAAGCCUCUGCUGAGCCUACCAAUGCUUCUUUCACUGGACCCUUUCCCCUAAUAUUCUCAAUGUGAUAUAUGCACUCUAUGCUACGUGGACAUGUGUCGGUGUGUGUAUGUGUGCGUAUGUGUGCGUGUAUUCUUCUCUACCGCAUGUGUUUCUUGCUUCUGGCUUGGCGCUGAGCCCUGCCCCAUGAUUGGCUUAUUGCCCCUGUGAUGUCACGGCGUGCUCAGUGCUGGAAUGAGAAAGCCGCUGUGCUCCCCUGCUCGUGAGUGUUCCUGUCUGCGUGUGCUGACUUGUCUUUUUCCUCUGUGGAUGAAGCUCGCUUCUUGUUAUUUGUUUCUUUGGAACCUGUCCACCUCAGAUUUAAGGAUUGUUUGACUUCGGGACUGACACGGAUCUGAAUCUAUUUCGCCCCUCGUGUUUUCAGGGGAAGUGUGUUUUUCAGACAACAGGAAUGUUUUCUUUGGAAAGGGGUUGGUUGCUUGAUUGCAUUGUGCAGCAGCUCUGCAACACAGAGAUUGACUUUUUCCUCCCUGGUGACCUUUUCUAUCUUCUUCCGUCAUUUCUCCCAGUAGCGCUCGUCAUCUUGAUCCACAAUCUGUAUCAGUAGCCUCUGACAAUAUGCAGUAAAAACACAGGCCUCUCCAUCAGCAUCUAUAGCUCCUCCAUCUAAUGUUUAAAAUUCUGUGUGCUCCCUCUUUUAUCUGUUUGCAACGGCUGUAGCGCCGCACUGUCGAAUUUUGGUUCAUUCAUUUGAAACUAAGUGAAUGAAGGGGCGAAAACCUGGAGGAUGUGAUUCAUGUGAGGAUGUAGUGAUUUGGAGGAUUGGAAGUGUAAAAUAGCAUAAUGCUACAACAUGUGAUUGUGAAAGGAACUGUGCAACAAGGUCAGACAGGUAGCACUGUGAUUGUCUUAUUAACACCGACCCCAGACUCGUGAACUGUGAAGACACAAAAACAUUCACAUAUACAAACAAAAGCACAGCCACACACACACACACAGGCGAUACACACACACACAUAAUAAGAAACAUAUUACACAAUGAAAUAAUUAUUGCCUGGUCAAGAGUGUCAGAUUGGAGUAUGCCACAGCAAUAAUACCGAACAACAGGAACACAGAAGAUGGAGGCCAGAGUUGCGUAUAUCUCUAUAAAGGAUUUGAUACUGAAAGGUUUAAAUGACUGAGCUCCUCAGUGAAGACAGAAACUCCAUCUGGACGAACAGCAUUCGAGUUUGGCAUCGGACAGCUGUGCUGUACCUGACUGGUUCCAUCGACCUUGAAGUGAAUGAGUCAGAGAGGACGCACUGAUGCAAGAUCAGAUGACUCAGCUGUAGCAGUGUGGGAACGUGGAGGCCUGAGAGGGAUUGUUUGUUUUUCAGCACUUAACGUAGCAAAAUAUAAACCAGGAUAUGUUAAUUUAUUACACUGAUACCUAUUAAGGAGUCUGCUGCUGCCGUAAGGUGGAAAUCACAAAACUCUAUUUUCUUUUUUCUGAGUAAUUUAAGUUGUAUUUAUUAGUGUUUCACACAUUUCAAAACUACAUUGGCAUCACUGUAAAUCACCUCUUGUUCUCUUCAUCUCUGAAACACUUACUUUAUGCAGAAACCUAAAGGCAGCACUAUGAAGGGGUCAUAUCACAGUAGCACACAUUUCCUGGAAGUCAAAACACAAUAUUUAUCCCAUAAGUACUGUAAAUGCUACUGUAGCCUGAAUGUGCGAGUGAGACACUGAAUGAAUGAACACAUUAGUUGCACAUCACAUAGAUGCACAUGUUUUCCAUGCCCAGUCCGUGCACAUGAGAGCCUCAUCUGAUAUAGCACAUGUUUAUUACAUAUCACGUGUUUUCCACUGUUACUCCACUCAGGUUUUCAGUUCUGCUCAGUCAGAAUCAAAAUGUUUUUGUUUUUAAGUUCUGAGUCCUCCUCUCAAAGACGAGUGCGGGACGCAAAGUGAGUGCUUCAGAAUAAGGCUUUGGUGUUGGGGUCGUUUGGGGCGGGAUGGGGAUGCACGCAGGGUUCUUGUAGAUUUAUGAAGAGGGAUGGUUUGUCUGCAAGUGCGUUUGUGAGUGACUGAGUGUGUGUGUGUGUAUGUGUAUGUGUAUUUGUGUGUGUGGUUGGGAGUUGUUGAAUUAGAUUAAGACCAAAAAGCACAGAGUGUUGAGUUUGUGUGGAGAACCCUCCUCUCUACCGCUCAGCUCCUGGAGCAGCGAAGGAGCCACAGACACCUCUGUUGGUUGUGUUUAUCCUAAUUCAUUUUUACCACCAGAAAGGUAUAGCUGAAGCAUUACUCCCUCUACAAAGAAGCACACAAGGUUAAAGAAGACACUUUGAAGUAAUUAAUGAGGAACUAAUUACCGUUCAUUGUUUGCAGUUUCCUGUGGGCUGCUAGACAAAACACAGCUCUUACAGUGUUUUAUUUGAGUUUGUUUUUGUUUUUUUACCCACUCUGUAAUACUACCAAAUCAGCUGUUCUCAAAAAGUCAAGCCUUUAAUUCUGAGCUCUUGAUGCACCCUCCGGGGGACAAACAAGACACCCUGUCCUUAUAUUUACAGCGUGUCUAAUCUCUUAGUAGUUUUCAGAUGAUGGAGAGCGGUGACUCCCUCAAUCACUGAAGUGACACACUCUCCCUCAUCCUAUUAGUUAGUCCUUAUUUAAAGCCCUGUACUGAUUCAGCACAAGAAAGAUGCUGGAUUCAGACGUUUUAAAGAAAAUAAACUACUUCACCUUUUGUUAAAGUCAAAAUCCUUAAGAUAGUCAUUUUUGAUUAAAACCCAUUUUUGAUACUCUUAAUGGCAUUUUUUGCAGCAACAGCAAAAUUGCGUCAGUAUAGUAUAUAUACAGUAAUAGUUUUCAUUGCUAGUAGACUUACUCACAUGGGAUUUUGAUUGUGUGCCCACACACAAAGGAUUCACUGGAACAGAGGACAAACACCAGUGAAUGGACAUGUCUCGCGUAAUGUGCAAGACAGCAUUCAGUCAAUAUCACUGAAUCAUGACAUUGUUGACCGCCUUCUUCAGUCUUCACGAUAUGAGCAUACAGUUUGUUUGAAUGUGUUUAAACCAGAUAAACAAGUUGCUCUUCUUUGUCAUUUCUGAAAAAGUAGCCACCAAGGCAGUAGCUACCAUUGAACAAAUGUCUGGCGAAGGGUUUCAAGCUCAUUUAGCACAUGAUGUAGGAGUUCCAAAUUAUUUUACAAAAAACAGUUUUACACAAAUCAUAGAACGUGGCUAGGUUUCUGAAUAUCAUACAGGAAGUUUGGACUUUGGGGCUUAUAUCAUUAAAACCCACUUGCCAUUACCACCAGUAACCCCCAAAUUCAUCAAGAUCGAAAUAUUAAGGAUUAUAACUUUAACUUUGAGUCAUUAUCCUUUUCUUUAUCUUAAAAGACCAGAUGUUGAAUUUCAAAUUCAAUUAUUUACAUUUAUCCACUAAGAGAAAUGAUGUAUUAAGCAGUUUUAUGUGAAUCUGUUUCCACUCAGGUGGAUUUUUACAAGUAUAAUUUGGCUUUGCAGGGUGAAUUUAACUAGUCACUGAUCUUCUGCAAUGAUAAAUUGAACUUCACCAUGUUGUGUUUUAUGGUGUGUGUGUGUGUGUGUGUGUGUGUGUGUGUGUGUGUGUGUGUGUGUGU